AUGCUUCUGCUCGCGCUCUUCGUGCGAGGAGAGCUCACGGACGUCACUUUUGCACGGGCCAAAGACCCCAGUGCCCCGGCGGAUGUUGGCCCGCGCUUGUCGUCGCGAACGUUUGCGGGGCUGGACGCGAUGCCGGCGACAGUGGCGCCGGCUCGAGGCGGAGGAGGACGAGGAGACGAAGACGACGAGGUGACUGUGUCGUCGUCCGUGACAAAGGCGUUUCGUUUCGUUCGAGAUGGCGUGACGAGCGCGAGUUGGACGGCGAUACCGUUGCGUGCGAAUGCGACGCCCCCUGUAAAUGGAGUCAACGAGGGACCUUCGACCGCAUCGACCGUCGUGUCUGCGGUUGUCGAGACGACCGCCGACGCAACAACGACGACAACCGAAACGCAUACGGAAGCUCAAGUGGAGACGCUGCCUCCUGCUGCUACUGCUGCAGACGCUACUGAGGCACCGAAAGCUCCUGAUGUCGAUAACAAAGCGCCAGUGCCGGCUGAAGCACCGACACCAGCUCGAGUCAUAGACCCGACACCAGCGCCGAUUGAAGGUCCGACGCCGGUCAUUGUGCCGGCAGAACCUCCGACACCAGCUCCAAUCAUAGAGCCGACGCCGACACCGGCGCCGAUUGAAGCUUCAACACCAGUGCCGGCAGAACCUCCGACACCAGUGCCGGCAGAACCUCCGACACCAGCUCCGGUCGAAGCUCCAACACCAGUGCCGGCAGAACCUCCAACACCAGCUCCGGUCGAAGCUCCAACACCAGUGCCGGUAGAACUUCCGACACCAGUGCCGGCAGAACCUCCGACACCAGUGCCGGCAGAACCUCCGACACCAGUGCCGGCAGAACCUCCGACACCAGCUCCGGUAGAACCUCCGACACCAGCUCCAGUCAUAGAGCCGACGCCGACACCAGUGCCGGCAGAACCUCCGACACCAGCUCCGGUCGAAGCUCCAACACCAGCUCCAGUCAUAGAGCCGACGCCGACACCAUUGCCGGCUGAAGCUCCUACGCCAGUUCCAGCGGAAGCCCCUGUGCCGGCUGAAGCUCCUACGCCAGUUCCAGCGGAAGCCCCGACGCCUGCUCCGGUAGCAACUCCAAUAGCUCUUGUUCCAGCAGCGCCAGUGCCAGCUGAUGUCAACGUGUCUACGCUGCCCAACACCACAACGACGGAUGCCUUGCCAAUCGUCCCAGCAGGCACCGUCGCUCCUCCUCUUACGACGGAUGAUGAUGGAUCAGGUGGACCCCCGACCCCAAUCACGACGCCGACAGCAGCAGCAGCCCCAACUCCACCGAUAGGUGUCCCAACAACAGGAGACACUGCGGCUCCAGUCGCUACAUUGCCCAUUGCGGGCAUAUCUUCCGGCAGCACGUCCGAGCCAGCGAGAGGUCCGAGAGGUCCGUUCGACUUGAACUUUGCCUCGUUGUCCUCGACCGCUUCCUCGCGCGACUACGACGACACGUACGAAGACACGACGCAGGACGAUGCCGCCGAAAACAGCAGCAGCGCCGAUCGGCCAACGGGUGACAGCGUGGACGCUUCGUGGGUGCUCACGUUUGCGCCGAUCAUCGCGGACCCGACGGACACUCCUGCCGUGGCGAUCCAGCACGUCGACGACAACGACGACGACGACGUCCACCACAGCAACGCCAACACGUCUUCAGGACGGCCGACCCCACUUGGCGGCUGGAAACUCGCGCUCGUUAUUGUCGGCGCCAUCUGCGUCGUCAUCGUGUCCGUCAUCUCCGUGCACCUGCGCCACGUGCGCGUGUCGGCGGCGAACAAGCGCCGACGAGACAGUUCGCAGCAACGCGCGCUGGACUCGUUCUUCCGGCAAACGCGUGCGACGCUCGGUCGGGACACGGGCCUCUCGUCCGGCGUGUUCGUCACGGACCCGCUCACGCCACGGGACGAGAUCGCCGUGACAAUGCCGAGUGGCGGCGGUCGACUCCGGACGAAGACGGCCGACUUUGCGGCCACGAACGCACUGUCCUAUGCCUCCGUCCGCAGACCGAUGACGCCUGGCGCGCUCGACACACCGACGGACAGCCAGCAAGGCAACGAGUACGACUCGUUCACCGGUCCCGUGCCGCUCGCGCGGUCGUCGAGCCCUCCCGCUUUCUACUACUCCAACUCGGUGGCGUCCGACGCGAGCUCUGUCUCGUUCGGGAGCAUCGGUCCGUCUUCGUCGUCGUUGGUGCCAUUGCCGUCUGCGAUCCGAGGAACGCGGGCGUCGUCCGUCACGUUCCGUGCCGACGCGAGGGAAACGUAUCGGUCCGCGCAGUCGAGCAGCAACUUCUCCGUGCGCUUCGCCUCGUCCGUGUCCUCCGACCGCACCAGUUGGGCGAGUACGCCCCAAGCACAGGCGAACGCGUCGCUACUCUCAGCUCCGACGUCCGAGCGCACGAACGCAUCGAGGAGGGGACAGCACGUCCAGCGCUCGUCCGUAUUAGACGGUUUCUAA